AAUUAGAACAAACCCCACACAGCACUGGGCACUGGUAACAACUUGUUCAUCAAAAGAGCACUCUCCAUUAUCUGACGAAUCAAUCAAACAAACAAACGCGGCAUUACAUCACCAUUAUUAAUACUCAUUUCAUCCAUCAGAAUUUGAAAAUCUGACAUCGUGCUGUAUACUAACUCUUUGUCUAAUUGCUUCGGGAUCUGAUAAAAUCACCAUUUUUGCAGAUUUUUGAAGUUUCUAUGGCGAAUUGUUAAUUAAGCUAAGAAUGGGGAAAGCUGGUAGAGAUUGGGGACAGAUCUAUUCAAUUUACGGUGUUGAUGAUUGGCAAACCCCGAUAUUUCUGCUAAUUUAUGCUAUCUUCUUCUCUAUACUGUCUGUGAUUUUUCUAGUUUAUUUCGAACCUAUCUGCUAUUUCUUCCACCAUUUCUUACCUGGCCUAAGCUCAGCUCGUUUCGCCGCCGGAUUCACCGGUUCCGUCACUGCACUCUCCGCCGUUUGCCUUUUCUACGCCGCCGGCAACAUUUUUUACUCCUCCGUUUCGCUUCACUGGGAAAUGGCACAGAGGAUGGUGAACGCCGUUGGUGAUUGGUCUUCCGUUAAGCAUGCUCUUGACCUUGGCUGUGGCCGUGGGAUCCUCCUCAACGCCGUCGCUCUACAGCUGAAGAAAUCCGGGUCAUCCGGUCGGGUCGUCGGGUUACAUCCAACACCGACUUGUUCUCUCUCUACUCUCCGAACUGCCGGGAUUGAAGGUGUUCAGGAGUACGUCACGUGCCGGUCAGGUGACCCGAGAAAACUUCCGUUCAGUGAUAAUUACUUCGACGUGGUGGCGUCGGCGGCGUUUGUACACACGGUGGGGAAGGAGUUCGGGCAGAAAACGGCGGUAGCGGCGGCGGAGAGGAUGAGGGUGUUGGGGGAGGUGGUGAGGGUGCUGAAACCCGGCGGCGUUGGGGUGGUGUGGGAUCUGGUGCACGCGCCGGAGUACGUGAAGAGACUGCAGGAAUUGAAGAUGGAGGAUAUUCGGGUUUCGGAGCGGGUCACGGCGUUUAUGGUCAACAGCCACGUCAUCGUAUUCAACAAGCCAAGUCAGCAUUUUGUGGGACCCAAUGAAGUUAGACUGGAUUGGAGACUCAACAAUCUUUGUUGAUAAAAUUGCAAAAUAUAUAACAUAUGAAUAUGAAAGUGAUAAUAGCAUAAGUAAUGGGUACUGUUUUCUACUUUUUUAAUUUUGUAGGGGCCUAUAUGACAAUCUGGAGAAGCAAAGUGGACCCAGAUGCAAUUAAUGAUAGUAGUAGUAAUAUCUACUAGAUUAGUUCAAAUUUGGAAAAUUAAGAAAAAUGACAUAUAUAGAGAAUGUAAUUUUCCCCAUUUUGAUGAGGAAAUCUGAAAUUGCUCUUCUUUAUAUGGUGAUAUAUAUGAUAAUCUAUUGUCAUUUGUACAUAAUGUUUUUGAUAUAUAAGUUUAAUUAAUAUUU